AUGUUACCCUCCCUUGUUCAGACGUCUAGCCUCGCGCUGGCCUUCAGCCUCGUUACCUCCGCUCAACAAAUCCCUCUCGACAACCCCUCUAUCCCCAAACAAGAGCUCAUUCACAAUCGUCCCUAUGUCCCAGAAGAACCAUUUGACUCUGGUAUCAUCAUCGGCGGUCCUCGAAAUGCCACCAUCAAGCUCUUUCCCGCAUCCCCCUUGAGCUUCCGUCCUAUGUUCAGCUUCGGCUGCCGCGAAAGCACUUUCAAUACUAUCACAUUGGAGACGGAUGUUUGCCUUUCUGGAGAUUACUAUCUCGACCAUAAUAUGCUUAUCACAGAAGCGCCGAUCUGUCUAGAUGGAAAGGAAUCGACUAUGGCGUAUUAUCAUCGACAAGGCUGUGGAGGCGAGAUAGCAUACCGUAGUGAUAUGAACGGAAAAGGUAUUCCGGAAUACUGUCUCUGGGGCGGCCACUCACCAAAGGAAUGGUCUAUGAUAUUCCGUUGUGGCGACGGCACUGAAAGCAUGGAGGACAGAAUGAGUGCGACAGAAAGCAUGGAGACCAGACACCAAACAGCAGUUCCUCCACCUGCUCCAAAACCAAUGAACAUUUUCGACAAGUCAGAUGAGACCGAGUCAGAAGACGCACCUGUAGCAUUAGAAGAACCCACCGACGGAAUCGUCUACACGCAUCUCUUCCCAGCCUGCAACGGCCAACGCGUCGGAGGCCACAAACCCAUGACCGUCCCCGUCGACCGCUGCCUCACCAUCCACGGCUUCGGCAUCCAAUUCAAGACCCCCGCCGUCUGCAGCAACGGCACCCGCGCCAAAUGGGCACGCUUCGAAGACUACAAAUGCGGUUACGGCGAGAUCUCCUCCACGUACGGCCUAGUCGACAUCAAGGACUCAGAAAUCAUGCAAUGUCUCUCCACAGGGGCGAUCGGCGACGCCAAGAAAGUCUCUAGCAUGUCCUUCUGGUGCGAAGGGUUUGGAAACGUCACGAAACCGGAUCCGAAUGCGCCCAAGGAACCAGAAGUUCCGAAGCCGGCGAAGGGAAGCGUGAGUGAGAGUGCGUGUGGGAGGAGGGCGCCGUUCUUCAAUCAUCCGAACACGGAUACGUGUGUUGAUCUUAAGACGGACAUGAUGAAGAUCUAUUCCACGGGCGUUUGUGCGAAUGGUACUUCUGCACUGCUGGCAAAGUUUGAGAAGAAGGGGUGUGCAGGGAGUCCGGCUUCGUUUAUGGAGGUAAAUAAGGAGAGGGGUAAUUUGAAGAAGUGUUUGAAUUUCGAGGGGACGGGCAGUUUUGCGUUGUGGUGUGAUGGGAAGGGGGUGGUUGGACCGCUGCCAAGUACUCCAGGAAAAUCGAAAGGUGGCUGGAGCGCUUCUGCAGUAGUGGUCGUUGUGCUGGUUGUCGUCGCUGGAGUACUGUUUGCUCUGUUGGGAGCUUGGGCUUGGUUCACCGGUGAUCUCAGGCUCAAAGUUCAGGAGUUGUUUGGUCGCAGAGAGGGUGGUAUUGCUUUGUAG